GAAUGUGAAGGUAUUUUCCGUGCACCUACGUGUUAGAAAUCAAAAACGCACCAAAAUUAUCCGUUAUACAUUUUAACGCUUCAGCAAAAAAAAAUCUCUGAUUAGUUUGAUUUUAGUGGAGAAUUCGUUUUGGUGAUUUUGACAUUUCAGGUGACAUUAAGAACACACAUAAAACGUCAAUAAAUAGCAUUACUCCAAAACAGAAGCAAAAAACCGUGAUUAGAAUGCGUCGGUGAUAUUUCGCCAUGUUUAAUGUUCUAAAUUAUUUCAAUUGAUUCGUUUGAUGUUUGGAGUGUGGAUGCAGUAAAUUUGAUGGUUACUUCAUUGGUGCAGCUCUUACAAUUACUAAAAAUAGUUUGUUCCCCCUCAGUUUUAUUUCACUUUUUUUUUCUUGCGUCGAAAUCUCUUGUAUCUGAGGCAAAACAGUAUUUUCAUACUCAGUUUUGAUCUUGUCAUCAAUCGGUAACGUACCUUUUUUAUUGCUCCGGUACAAGAUAACCUUUUUUAUGUGAAUUUGAUUAAGUUACAAAACAACAAACAAAGUGUGCUCACUAUGAAGGGAAAAAACAAAGCAUAAACGGCGAUUCAAGCAAAAUUUUAAUAACAAGGAAAAACAGCGUCAGUUGUAAUGAAAAUUCAACUCAAAUUCGAUAUUAAUUGGUUGGUGUUGUGAUGUGAGACAAAAAAUAGUGUGAUAUUGGAUUUCAAAUACAAUCGCAACGAUAAUUUUUUGAUGUGUUUAAUUUACCAUGCUUUCUUUGGAAAUAAGAACGAGAAACACAAUUAAAACUAGCUUAUCGCAGAAUACAUGGUGAAUUUGAUUAUUAUCUGUUGCUCACAUUUCUGUUAAACAAUUUGAAUUCGUGUGAGAACCUGUGCUUAUCUCGCUGCAGUCGAUUUAUUAUUGUGAUUCGUGCAAACGUUACAGUUGUUUAUACACAUACUCAGUAGUUUUAAAACGGUGUGUUUGUCGGUGCAAUUAGUUUGAAGCGGAAGUUUUUUGUAUGAGCGUGAAAAAUUCUGCGAAGAAUAAAAAUGAGGGAUCUCAACACAGACGCUGGACGUCGUGUGAAUGGAAAUCGACCAACUACUGUUUUACCGCAUUCAGAAUAUGAAGUUUAUCCCAAUUUGGGCGAUGACUACGAACUCCAGCGAAGGCGUAGUACUUCGAACGAAUCGGCACAGAGGAAUAAGAAUGUGGCCUGCGAACGUUUUAAAAUGAAUCUCAUCUACUUUCUUAUCAUUACGAUUGUCGCACUUUUUGGAAUUCUAGCCUAUACAUUGGUAAUAGUAUUCGAAGAGAAUUCUGACGUACUUGAACCGGUCAUUGAUGACGUACCCGAAAUUAAUUUGCCAAUCGAACAACGAACAUGGUACGACGAUGCCAUUGAUGAACUUCGAGACUCGAUGAAAUUCAAGCAAAACAAGCACAAAGCCAAAAAUAUCAUUCUUUUCAUGGGUGACGGUAUGGGAUUAAGUACAGUGACUGCAUCACGCAUAUAUAAAUAUGGUGAAGAAGGACGACUGAGCUGGGAAUCAUUCCCGAAUUUUGGUUUGCUUAAAACCUAUUGUGUGGAUAAGCAAGUGUGUGACUCUGCAUCGACGGCAACAGCAUUAUUCUGUGGCAUCAAAUCGAAUUAUGAGACAAGUGGUGUUGAUAGCUCCGUCAAAUUGGGUGAUUGUCCUGCGUCAUUAGAUAAAUCGAAACAUGUCGAUUCCAUUCUGAAAUGGGCACAAGAUGCUCAAAUGGCCACUGGUUUCGUGACAACAACACGGGUUGUUCAUGCGACUCCGUCUGCACUUUACUCGCACGUAGCCAACCGCCGUUGGGAAUGUGAAGCGAAAAUGGAACCAGGCGAUCACGAACAAGGUUGCAAAGAUAUUGCAAGGCAAUUGAUCGAGGAUGACCCGGGCCGUAAGAUAAAUGUGAUAAUGGGAGGCGGCCGACAAUGCCUCGUUUCAAAUGUAACGGAUACAAAAGAAGAUCCAGUCGAUCGAUGGGCAUGCUAUUCAACAGAUGGCCGAAAUUUAACUCGCGAUUGGAUACUCGAUAAAGAAAAACGCAAACUAAGCCAUGCUGUUGUCUCAAACAAUGAACAACUUGAGAAUCUCGAUCAUAAAACUGCCGACUAUGUUUUGGGUAUUUUUGCGAAUGGUCACUUAAAGUAUGAUCAUGAACGUGGUACGGGCCCAAAGGGAAUGCCGUCUUUGACGAAUAUGACGGAAAAAGCACUAAAGGUGUUGAAACGAAACAAAAAUGGAUUUGUAUUGGUUGUUGAAGGUGGUAUGAUUGACCAAGCCCAUCAUAGAGGAUUUGCGCGUCGUGCCUUGUCCGAAGUGGCUGCCAUGGAUGAAACGGUUAAGCGCACCCUUGAAAUUAUGCACUCCGAACGAGAUGAAACACUCAUCAUUGUUACCGCCGAUCACUCCCACUCGUUGACUAUCAACGGGUAUCCACCGCGUGGUAAUAACAUUUUAGGCAUCGCUCGUAAUUCCAAAAUUGAUGGAAUUCCGUACACCACUCUCCUGUACACCACUGGCGGUCCAAAUGGUUUCCAGGUGGAUUUGGAUAGCGAAGGCAAAGUUCAGCGUCGAAAUCCUUCGAACGAAGACACAAGUGGCUAUACUUACAUUCAACAAGCGGCCAUUAAAACCGAUGAAAAUGCACACGCCGGUUCAGAUGUAACGAUCCACGCUACGGGGCCAAUGGCUCAUUUGGUUCAACGUGUUCAUGAACAAAGUUAUGUUGCACAUUUAAUAUCGUAUGCAGCUCGGAUAGGGCGAUUCCGGGGCUUAUAACAAAAUGAGCCAUACAUAAUAGAACUACACAUGUUUAUUUCAGUCGAGAUUAUUUCAUUUUGGUGUAUUUUGAAAUGGAGGGGAUAGAUUUAAGUUUGGAACUUGAAGUAGCCAUUGUGACCAAACUUCCUGUGCAUCUUAAUUUUAACAAUCCAUCCUGUUGAUGAGGAAAAAUGCCAAUCGUUCAAUUUUUUGUUUGCUUAAAAUGAUUAUGUACAAUGUUCGACUUACACUAAGUUAGUCAGGCCCUUUCAGGUGGGUAUUUGCAUUUGAAAUUGUAAUAUUGUUGUCAUGCAAUAAAAACUUAUCAUCGAUUUUCAAAAA